GUGGAAGAUUGAUCAAAACAGAAACAAACAGUAACAAAACUGGGUUAUGCUUAUCAUGACAAGUGCGAAACUCACUUUCUGUUCACAUGUUCCUAACUUUUCCCGUAUAUUUCAUUUCACCACCCAUAUCCCUUUUCUUAAUUGCACUCACUAGCCUCAUGCCUACGCAACAGUUCCCUCUAGAAAAAGUCCAUAAAGUGAAACAUAACAUGCUGCUUUUAAACACUCCUCCUUCAAAGCUAAAUCUCACACUUUUCUGAAUCCUUGACAAUCUUCUGUUCUUGGAACAAAACUAUCAUCACCACCACAUUUACCUUCUAUCGUGUCCGUCAACUUCUUCUUCCAAAAUGAUUACUUUACCUCGUCCCAUGUUUCUGUUUCUAUUGUUUCUUUCGCUCCUAACAAGCCCUGGCCAAAUGGUAUCUGCAAAAGGGAAGGAGAAUGUCACAGAGGCUUGCAGUGUGACAAGGUAUCAAAGCCUUUGUAUUCAAUCUCUGUCACAAUUCUCCAACACUGCCGGAAGAAGCCCUAGCAAGUGGGCACGUGCGGGAGUGUCAGUGUCAAUUGGCGAGGUUAAGAAUGUUAAAGCGUAUCUUGCAGAAUUGAAGAAGCAUGGACACAUGAAGGGGAGAAACAAAGUUGCCCUUUCAGAUUGUGUUGAAUGUUUUUCCUAUGCCCUUGACGAGCUUCACAGAUCACUUGGUGUGCUUAGAAGGCUAAGCAAAAGCACGUUUAGCACCCAAAUGGGGGAUCUCAACACGUGGAUCAGUGCAGCACUCACCGAUGAAGAAACUUGCCUCGAAGGGUUUGAAGGAGAAAAUGAGAAGCACGUUAAAGUGCUGCAAAACCGUGUUCAGAAUGUCUCUUACAUCACCAGCAACGCUCUUGCUCUUGUCAACAAACUUGCCACCACAGAUGUCUUCUUUACAGAUUCUGAGUGCUGUCUUUUUUAUGCUGUUGAUUCAGUUGGUCGUAACAGUGUAAAGAGAUAAAGGAACAUAGGGAUGGGAACGUUAUAUGAAGAUAAUAUGAAGAGAAACAACAAGUGUUAGAGUCUGGUAUUUGAAAAUCAUGCAUCUAUCCUUAAACACACUACUUCGGGAAGCCUGAGAUUAAUGUCAUUGACGAAUUUGGCUUUUAAAAGGCUGAUAGA